AUGCCUGUACUCCCUCCAAGGUAUCUGGUGCCACCAGUUGGUGUUCGCACCAGGAAACAGGAUCCCUCGGGUAAUCCGACACGACGUGACCCAGAAACUGGCCCGUAUGGGGUCUUCAUCCAGGACAAUGAGCUAUUGGCAAGGCCAUGCCCCAUCCGCGAUGUAUCGGUAUAUAGGCCCUACUGGCACAGAGCCACAAAUCAGCUUCGUCUCAUAUUAUGGGGUAGUGAUCAGGAUCGUAUUACAGCUGCCGAUAUACUGGACUCCUUAAAUAUUGAGAUAGAUGCGAGGUCAUUCGAAUGGGACCACGGACUUGGGACGGGGUUUAUUGAGGUCGCUAACUGGUAUAAAGCUGGUGAACAGCUUCGGCUAGCUUUAAGAGAUGUUCAUAUAUAUCAGUCUACCGCUAGAUUUGAAGAUGUCCGCGACUUUAUUUGGGAACGUAUACAGAUUAAUAAUUACCCGACCGAGUGGCGUGUCACACGACAGGAGUUUGAGGCGCAAAUCCACCGCACUGCACAGUUCUAUACUACUCUGAUACAGGAAAACGAAGAAGACUCUGAUGAUGGGACCUUCUAUGAGCUGGAGAUCGAAGAUGGUCGAGGCCAUGAAGAGCUUGCUGCACAGCUCGGAGAGAGCCCCUCACCCCCGCCUAUAUAUGACCUGCCGCCUCCUUAUACCCCUCGUACCCGUGGCGCUGAACGGAGCAGUUCAGCAUCAACAGGAUUACCUCGCCAGAGCCAAGUAGGCCCUGAAGUGCAAAAUCGCCUCAACAUGUUCCGUGAAAGACAACCAUUGAGGAGGCACCGUGAAUCGCUGAGAGCUGGAGUGGCAGGCCGACCGCGACCGGGACUGCGGCCUGCAUCUAUCUUUCCUGCUCCAUCGUUUAGACGACAGGUGCUGCCCAGAAGAGCAAAUAACCCACAGCAAAGGAGGCCGCCUAGGCGGGAACGUGGGAGACAGGAUGGGGAAUUGACUUCGGGUAGUAUUAGUGCAAGGCCAUCCCAGCAACGUGUUAUCUUAGGAGAGUCUUCACGAAUGCGUCAAUGGCUAAAUCUAAGAUAG